CCCAUAUCCUUGAGAAACCUUUUCCCUGAAGGCACGACCCUCCCUCGCCCUCGCCCUCCUGCUCGUCGCCGCCGAAAUGGCAAGUUCCUCGGCUCCGGGAGGGAAAUGCGCCUUCUGUAGAAAUGCAGCAAGAUAUACGUGCCCUCGAUGCAAUUUUGCAUACUGUUCAUCCAGUUGCUACAAGCAUGCAUCGCAUGCACGCUGCUCCGAGAGCUUCUACAAGGACAUGGUAGAAGCAGAGCUCAGAAGUGGAACCGUGUCAGAAGAAUCCCGCAAGAAAAUGGUUGAGAUCUUGCGCCGUGUGGAGGCUGGCGAAUCUAUUUUACCUGAUAAUGUGGAUGAAUCCCUGGACUCAGACGAUGAUGAUGAUGAUGACCUUGCUAUUAGGAUGGCAGACAUCGACCUCAAUGACAGCGAAGCAGUCUGGAAGAAGCUCACAGAGAAAGAGCGUCAAGAGUUCCGCCAGCUAGUCAACUCGGGCAGCUUCGAUGACCUACUCCCCCCCUGGAGCCCCUGGUGGGAGCAGGAAGUCCCGCCAGUCCAGGAGAUCAGCCAGGGUCACCAGAUUGUGCCUGCGUAUGUGGCCAAAUGCCCGCCGCUUGUAGACGUUCCCUUACUUAGUCAAGUGAUGAAGGGCUCCCCAUCUCCGACUGUCCCUUUCAACAUCCUGAAUGUCCUGUCAGGAUAUGCCUGGACAGUUAGGCUCUUCAAUGGCGACCACCAGGAGAGCAGCGUCGAUGCCACAGAGGCCCUGCUCUCCUUGUCGGCAGUGCUAUCGGCAAACACCAACUUUGAGGCGGCUGCCAUUGCCGUCGAGAGCCCCAAGAUGGAAGCACAGAAUCACCCAUGGUUAAUGGAAAGUGAGGAGUUUGCGGGAACGGUGAGGAGGGAUGUGAUGAAAAUGCUGAAGGGGCCCUCAGUCUCAGACCAGACCUUCUACGUGAGGGCUGCUCUCUCGGAGAUCCACGUCCUGCUGAGCACCUGCAAGGCCUCCCUGUCCAAGAAGAAGAAGUCAGGCACAAGGAAAGGCCUAUUUACGUCAGCAUUUGGAGAAGCAAGUCAGCACGUGGAGCUCAAGAUCACAACCUUGCCGCUAGUCAAGUCCUCCCUGAAGAAGGUGGAGUUCCUGCUAUCAUUUGUUCAGGAAUACGCACCUGCUAUCAUCAGUUUAAUCCCAACUUAAAUGCUUCAACAGAAGACCCUAGCCACAGAAAUGAAUGAAAAUAAUCAAUUGGCUUUCUGUCGCAACAUGUUUCUUCACCUGUUUGAAAUAAAGUCAGUGACUGAGGUGUGGAACUGUUGAAAAAGUGUAUUUAUAUAUGAGUUUGGGCUGUGACAGUCAGGCUUAGAAAUGGAAGUAUAUAUAUGUAUGAAAAGGCAAGCAGGACUAAGCAUGUUUCUCUCUCUCUCUCUCUCUCUCUCUCUCUCUCUCUCUCCUCUCUCUCUC